AUGACUGAUCCCUAUAUCAAGGGUCUCAUGGUGGAUGACCAAUCUCGAUGCAUUCAUUGGAAUUCUGAACUCGAUGUUAUAGCAUUUAAGUUUAAAUGUUGUGAUUCCUACUAUUGUUGUCACAGUUGUCAUGAAGAAACUGCAGACCACCCUAUUCAACGCUAUGAUAUUGACGCAGAAUCGAACACAAAGGUUGUUAUCUGUGGUGUUUGUAAAAAUGAAAUGACUUUUCAACUGUAUCGUGAUUCUGAUGCUAAGCAUAAGGGGUUAUCGUGCCCUAAUUGCAAUGCAGCAUUUAAUCCUAAAUGCAGUUUACAUUAUGAUAUAUAUUUUAAAUCAAGUCAAUUUGAUGAUCCAUGCAAUCUCAAGUAG